CUGGCCGCCGGGCGCUCUCAGCUCGCUGACCGCCCGGCCGCUGCACGGACAACGACCACCCAACUUUCAGCUUCCUGACAGAGGUGUUAGUCUUGAGGGUCUGACGUUCUCUCUGCCCACUGUGGUCCCUGCUCUCAGGAUGAUCCCCAAGGAGCAGAAGGAGCCCACGAUGGCGGCCAUGGGGGACCAAGCGGAACCAGCCCCUUUGCUGGACCUGGGCAAGAAGCUGAGCGUGCCCCAGGACCUAAUGAUGGAGGAGCUAUCUCUGCGCAACAACCGAGGAUCCCUCCUCUUCCAGAAGAGGCAGCGCCGUGUGCAGAAAUUCACCUUUGAGUUGGCAGCCAGCCAGCGGCCGGUUGCCGACAGCCUGGAGUUGCAGAACUGCGGCUCCCAGCUCCACAUCUUUGGGGCGUCCCCUGGGGACCCCGAGGACACCCAGCCCCCGGCUUCCAGGACGGAGCGCGCCCCCAGCCCCAGUGCCCUGGCACCAGGCUAUGCCGAGCCACUCAAGAGCGUCCCGCCAGAGAAGUUCAACCACACGGUCAUCCCCAAGGGCUACCGCUGCCCGUGGCAGGAGUUCGUCAGCUACCGGGACUACCAGAGCCAAGGCCGAAGUCCUACCCCGAGCCCUGCCCAGUAUCGAAAUUUCAACAAGACCCCCGUGCCCUUUGGAGGACCCCUGGUGGGGGAGACCAUGUCCAGGGCAGGCACCCCCUUCGUCCCGGAGCUCAUCAGUGGCUUGGAACUCCUCCGCCUCAGACCCAGCUUCAACAGAGUGGCCCAGGGCUGGGUCCGCAACCUCCCGGAGUCUGAGGAGCUGUAGCCCCCGCCUGAAUCUUCAAUGCCCUGGUCUCAGAGUUUGGGGGACACCAGGAGCCAAGAUUUGUGGACCGCACUUCACAUUUUACGAAGGGCCUUCACACACAAAACCUUUUGCAAUUGGCCUCACAGGUCACAAAGCUCAGUAGUCCCCAGAUGUGGGGUUUAGAAAGUGUUUCUCUUUACUGAGAUGCAGCUGGUCUUUAUCUGUUCAUGCUCUAACAUUUACUGAGCACCUACUGUGUGCUAGACACUGUGAUAGCCCCACGCAGAGGGGCCCAGGCCCUGACCUAGCGUAGGAAAAGACAGUAGGGAAGAUAGAUUUAUAAAGCAGUCAAUUACCUUUAUUUUGCCUAAAGCAUCUGAGGAACACAAUGUAGUGAGGCAGAGGGAGGUCUCGAACCCUGGCUGUGGGGUGGGAUUCCAGGAACCUUCCCAGAGGAUUUGAGCAGGGCCUGAGGAGGAGUAAGGGUCCACGGGGAAGAGGGUGUGAGGGGGCAUUCCUGGCCAGCGGCCCAGCAUGUGCUGGGAAGGUGCAGAAUCCACAGGGUGGGGUGCGCUGGGGGCAGGAGACAGCUGUUAGAGCCGCCGGGCUCCUUUGGCCAGGCUGGGUGGGCUGCACCAAGAAAACAGGGAGGUGCUUAGGCUGGGGAGUGAGGGGUCUCAGUGUUGCUAUGUGGGCACAGAGUGGAGUAAAGAAGGAAGCCAGGAAGCUUUCAAGGAACAAGGCCUGGACUAGGGAGGUGGACAUGGGGCUGGAAAGAAGGGGCACCUCUCUGGGCACCUUGCAGGACAGGUGCCAAGUGGGACCCUUAUAGACUCCCCCUUCCCAACUCCUGCUCACCACUCUGAGCAGGCCCUGGGUAGAUCUUGUCCUAGUGUCCGCGAGAGCAGUCCGGGCUCUACCUGGCUCAGUAGGAAGAGGAGAGAAAGGAAUGCCUCAGUGCAAGUGAAGAGGAUGAUGAGGAUGAGGAUGAGGAUGAGGAUGAGGAUGGCUGCUUUACUGGGUGCCUCCGUGCUUCGGCUGGUAGUCGGUUCUCUGCAUAUCAAAUUUCUAAUUUUCAGUGGAGCCCUAAGAAAAAUAUUGUCCCAUUUUACAGAUGUGGAUAUCCAGGCUCAAAAGGGGAAGGGGCUUGUCCAGGGACAGAGCCAAAAUGGGAACUGUCCUAUUCCAGUGACUGUCUCUCUUCACUGCACUGGUGGCCAAGCCAGUGCCCACUCACUCUGCAAUCACCUCAAAAUAGCGCCCUGCCUUGGAGCUUAGAGGCUGAGAGUGCAGGCUGGGGCAGUCCGACUGCACGGGACGGUUCAAAUUCCUCAGCUGGGGGCCUGUUUCUCACUGGUAAGAUGAGGACAAAAACAGAAGCCCCUGUAAGGGGUUGUUGUGAGCACAGCGAUGGACACGUACAUAACGAGUGCUAGAUCAUUUCCGACUUCACGCAACUACUGCUCUUAACUGGAAGGGCGGUCCUUGUAAUGGACGCAGCUUGAGAAGCAGGAUGCUAGGAUGUGGCUGGAGGGAAGGAGGCCUCUGGUCACUGCGGGACUCCCCUUGCACAGGAAUCACCUCUGCCCCUUGCCCCCCUGCCUCUUCCCUGACCCCGUCUCUUGGGGAGAUGAGGUCAGGAACCCAUCUGGUUCCCAGGGCAUGUGGGAUAGUGGUUACCUUUUCCUUUUGCUCUGGA